AUGCCUCCACGUCGAGCUGUCCGAUUUCCAACACCAUCAAUGCUGACUGUCAUGCUUCUCGCGCUUGUUGGGAUUGGUGUGGUGGUGGAUGCCUCCAAGUGUAAUGUGAAGCAAAAGGACUCACUUCCACCGAAAAGUGUCACCCAGGAGAGUGAUGUGUUUACUCCUGCUACGACCGAAACACCUGCUGUUCAAUCUGAAUCUGAUCUGAAUACAUUAACAUCUAAUUCAACUGUUACUGGAUUGUCCGACUCAACUCAAAGUCAAACAUCCACUAAGAAAUCGUCUGCAUCGUCGGGCGGCCAAGCUACGUUUGGUAAACUUACUUCCACCAGUAAUGAGUGCGUAUUGGGCAAUCCAGACGCAGGAGAUCUCACGCGGGAACAGGUUGAUUGGGUCUGGAAAAACACAAUGGAGAAGUAUGUCCCUCCUUUUAAGAAUCUAAUCUUCGAUCAGCUUGUUACGAAUAAAGGCAAACUCAGCUAUUGUGUGCGAUGGGACACUGACGUCAAGCUUACAAAGGCUGUUGCUUCCAAGUUUGAAGCGAUUCUUAAUAAACAGAUGAAUCUAUGGCACCGCUGGCUCGUUGGCUACCAGUGCUGGCCGUUUGAAAAGGUUGAAAUCACUGUGGUGGCCUUUGCCGUGAAAGACAAGUCCAUCAUGGAUUGGUCGGACGACUCCCUUGGGACGAUCUACGAAGGUCUUUUGGAUACCGAAGGUAGUCCGAAAUGCCCCGAUGAGUGUUACAAGCAUCAAGGCCAAGUCGAUCGUGCAGACACGAGUGGAUGCAAAAACGAACCAUUUGACAUGUCGUUCUGGCCAUCAACUAAGCCUGGAGAAGGCGCGAUCGGAACAGGAGGUGAUUGGGGUCAGCGCGUUGAAGUGAACGACAUGCUCAACACGAUGGAUGGCGACGAAAUGAUGGUUCUCUUGCAUGAAAUUGGUCAUGGCUUCGGAUUGCCAGAAAUGUAUUUAGCCGAGAACAAACCUGCUGAUUAUCCACCGUGUGUGAUGGACAACAGCCUCACACUCACAGAUGGCGAUGGUUGGCUCCUUCGUAGUAUUUUGGAGAAGAUCAAAUCUCGCUAUGAUUUCUAG